CCCACGCUUUAACCAAACCAUCCCACUGUUUUUUCCAUUACCGUUGUUUGUUUAUGCUGUUCUUGCACCCCCGGAUGAGGGGAACAUCGCCGCCUGUUAUUCCUACAACUGAAUUCACUCAUGGAGAGUCCUUAUCACGCUCCGGUUGCCCACGCCGGCGGCUCUCGCCCUUCCCUCGGGUUUCCCCUGGGAACUGCCCUUCUUCUUGUGGUCAUCUUCAGCCUCAGUGGGAUUUUCUCUUGCUGCUACCACUGGGACAAGCUCCGCCGUUCCCUCUCCCUCCAUGCGGCGGAUCUCGAGGCCGACGGUGAUCUUGGCCCCGCCAAGCCUAACGCCGCUCACAUGGAUUUGAAGCGGAAGGAGAACCAGAGCUUGCCGGUUAUAAUGCCAGGGGAUAAUGUUCCCAGGUUCAUAGCAUUGCCGUGUCCGUGUGAGCCGCCGCGGGGGAAUAUCACCGUAGAGGUGGAGAUGCCGCCGCCGAAGCCGCCGAGAAUCGCUGUGCCGUUGUAUUAAAGUCUUUGCUCGUUUGAGAUGAUCAAAUUCAAGCCAUUUCAUCCAUGUAUAUAAAUUUCUGAUUAGAUUUCAAUCAAAAUUCAAUCUUAAUUAUUGCAAAAUCUUCAAACUUAGAAAUAUGUAUACAAUUGAUUUACAGUUUUUUCUUUUA